AUGACUCCCAAAGUUCUCGUCGUUCUCACCUCCCACAACAAGAUUGCCGCUACAGGUGGUCCAACUGGCUGGUAUCUGCCAGAAUUCGCACACCCCCAUGAAGUCCUCCAAGGCAAAGUCUCCCUAACCGUCGCCUCCCCCAAAGGCGGCGAAGCCCCCCUCGACCCAAGCUCCGUGAAGAUGUUCGAAUCCGACGCCGUAUCCCAAACCUUCCUCAAAGAACAGAAAGCCCUGUGGACAAACACGCACAAGCUGGCAGAUGUUCUGCCCCGCGCGAACGAGUUCGACGCCCUCUUCUACGUCGGCGGACACGGCCCCAUGUUCGAUCUCACCGAAGACCCCACCUCCCUCUCUCUAAUCCAGGCCUUUGCGGCCGCCAACAAGCCCGUUGCUGCGGUCUGCCACGGACCAUGCGUUUUGCUGAAUGCGAAGGCGCCGUCCGGCGAGCCGCUUAUCGCUGGUGUGACGGUGACUGGGUUCUCGAAUGAUGAGGAGGAUUCGGUGAAACUGUCGUCGGUGAUGCCGUUUAUGCUGGAGACGGAGCUGGGGCGGGUUUCGCUGGGGAAGUAUGUUAAGGCUGCGGAGCCUUGGGGGGAGAUGGUUGUUGUUGGGAAGGCGGCUGGGACGGGGUCGACGAUUAUUACGGGACAGAAUCCUGCGUCGGCGAGUGGGGUUGGGAAGGAGAUUUUGAAGGCUUUGGGGUUGUAA